AAGCCGCUUUCGCUUGCACAAAAGUUAUGCGGGCGCUCGUAGCGAGCGAUCUGCCGUUACUGCGGCAGGUACCUUCCCUUCCGCUGCUGCUGCCGCUGGCGCUGCUCCUUAGCCUGCUCGCGUCAACCCCUUCUGCGGCACCGGCAGCGCUAGCCUCCUCAUCAUCAUCCUCAGCGGCCGCGGUUGCAGCCGCGGGACAAUUGGCUGCAGCGGUGGCAGCAGCGGCCGCGGUGGCCGGAGGACACGCGGCGUCGGACAUCUCACAGUCGGACACGGCCCUCUCGACGCACGACCACCACCACCACCAUCAGCAUCAGCAGCACGCGGACCGCAGGUCCUGGGAUACGCUGCUGUCGAGGUCCCGUCAGGGUCGACCGCCGAGCACGGACUCCCUGGCUCGAACCCAGGACAGCGACUACCUGAUCGGCAUCCGCAGGCUGCGUCGCCUCUACUGCAACAUCGGCAUCGGAUUCCAUCUGCAGAUUCAAUCGGACGGGAGAGUGACGGGCGAGCACGGCGAGAAUCAAUACAGUCUCCUGGAGAUCGCCACGGUGGAGCGAGGGGUCGUGAGCCUCUACGGGGUCAAGGCCGGCCUCUUCAUCGCCAUGAGUAACAAGGGGAAGCUGUACGCAUCGUCCAACUUCAGCGACGAGUGCAAGUUCCGCGAGAUCCUGCUGCCCAACAACUACAACGCCUACGAGUCGUGGGAGCACGCCGGGAUGUACAUCGGCCUCAGCAAGGGAGGGCGCAGCAAGAGGGGCGGCCGGGUGUCCCUGGCUCUGACGGUCACGCACUUCCUGCCCAGACGCAUCGGCGGGGAGAACGAGCACCCGGCGUAGGCGCGAUGGCCCCCUUCAACGGAACGCGGACGAGGAACCCCGUCGCGUUUUGACUGUUCGAGGCAACGCUGAGGUGUGGGCUUUGGUGGGACACGCCGUCGCAAGCGGGGGUGGUGAUGGUGGUGGUGGUGAGGAUGAUGAUGGCCGAUGGAAGAGACUGGUGAUGGAAUGGCAGCCAAAGGGAGAGGAGAAGAGAGAGGGGGGUGGGGGGAGAGCGCCCGAGAAGUCAACUAGCGCCGAUGUUGCGAUGGAGCUAUGAGAUCAAAGCCCACGUGUUAAUCUGAGAUCAGAGAGUUGGGAUGCAUGAGCGUUGACGCUGAUUGUGGUGGCAUCGCGGAACCAGCGCGGUGAACAACAACAAAGAUCGCAAUCACUGGCACGGCAUGGGGAGGACUUCAUGCAGCAGUAGAUAGACCAAAGUUCAUGAUGGUGAUUGGGAAUUGAUGAUGAUGCCACCAGCAUUGGGAAGAGAUGGUGGAGUAUGCGUGUGUGUGUUUGCGUUUGGGUUCUCACAGCUUGAUUGGACUAUGAAGUUGUGGCCUAGGGGGGCCUCGAUGGAGUGAGCAGACAUCAGCCACAAUCACCUCCGGCUCCAAACGAUGAAGAUUACAAUCCUACGAUGAAGAUUACAAUCCUACGAUGAAGGUCCACUUCUCUGAUGAAGAACAUCGACCACCCGAACACAGCCAUCGACUUUACAACUGUCGCCAAAUCAUCGCGUGGUUGCUCAUGAAUCGGUGAUUCCAUUUCGCUGCAAUUUGUCCGCGAUGAUCUGGAGGAGAAGAAUAUGAUGAUGAUGAUGACGACGACGAUGAGAGGAUUGGAAGACUUCGAGAGAUAGACAAAGAGACGUAAGGUGUCCGGAGACCUGACACCUUUUUUAGGUGGCGGGCUGAGGCGGUGGCGGCGAUGGGUGGAGUUGACUUGCCUCGGUAACGUUGAUGUGGCAAGAUGCGAGGGCACUUAUAAUGGGACACGGCAGUUCUUAGAUACGAGCCGACGUGAUAGGGGAGGCGAGGCGAGUGAGGCUUGUGAAGGACAAGACGUCCGACCGCCAUCUUACUCACACCCUUCCCACAAAACCCACUUGUCCCCAAUGGUAACGGACUACGCAUGUCCGGUGACUGCUACUGACCGAUCAUUUUGGGUUGUCCACGUGUCGUGUAAAAUCAAAACAACAUAAUUGAUGUUCUUUAUUUUUUGCUUCUCCUGAGUGUAACCCGAUCGGGAUUUUAGUAGCGAGUUGCCGUGAGAUGUGGAUAUUCCUUUCUGGGAAUUCUAGCAUCGAGCAGUGUAGCGUCACCUCGUGUCGGGGAACGGCCCUGGACGAGGAUCAUUGACGACGACGAUGACGAUGAUCAUGAUGAUUAUCAUGUCAUAGAACUACUGCCCUUCUGAGGUCACUGCGGUUCCCUCUUUGUUCGCACGAGGGGGGCAUUGUAAUGCCUCACGUGCCCUGCUACUAUAGACGCGUUCCUCGCCGCAUGGCAAUCACAUAAAAAACUAUUUCAUUUUGGAAAAUUAUUUUACCCCCCCCCCCACCCACAAGUUUAACACGAUGGGAAAAAAUUACAUUUUGCAGUCAUCGGUGGUGACUGGACUGAGACCAUCAUCAAUUGGCUAUGCUUGAGAACCCAUUUAAUCACAACUUUGUUUUUGCAAACCAAACAAAAAACUAUAAAGUAAAUAAAAAAAUAAAUGUUGCCAGGUAAGGUCCGCUGAGCUGUAUCGCUCUUUUUAGAAGCCACAAAUGAAAGCUCAACGAAGUGGCUUAUCACGUGGAAAUGUAUAGCAGCCAAAUACUCUAAACGCAUAUUGAUUCUAAAUCUGGAGGGAAAAACUGGAGGACAUGGAGAAAAAUCCACGAGACCACGGGGAGAGGUAGUUAACAUCGGGGCACCACCGUGGCGACUAGACUGGCCUCUUUCGGUCUCUCCAGCUGAGUUAUCGAGUCUCUCUGCGAGUCUAUGGGUGGGUCUCGAUCUACCACUGAUCGGUCUCUUUACAUGAGUCGGUGAGUCUACGCUCGAGAACCUCGGUUGAAUCAUGGUCGGGCGGCUGAAACCUGGAUCCGAACACAGGCUCUGAGCGGUUCCGGCUCAGUGACUCCGACACGGUUAUUAUAGCCGCUCAUAUUUGUUUAAAACAUAUAAU